UCAUCACUCUCAAUCAAUCAGGAUCUUUUUCAUCUGUUCCUGUCUCAAGUAGUGAUCUUGGGAUUUAGUUUGUUGUGAGGCCGAGUCGUGCUUCACUAUUGUUUAAUCAAAUGGCCCCAUGUAGUAGUGAGCCGAGCCAGUAACCUGAUCAAGAAGGUGUAAUAUUGGAUUACGGCACAGCACAACUUUUUCUGCAGCGCGGCGCCUGACUCAUUUCUGGCCUCAUACACAGAUAAGACUGAGACGACGCCAUUCUUUUGUUGUACUUACCCGCUUGUUCGUGACGACCGCUCGCUCUGGGUUCCGUUCAGUCACUCUUUGUCUUCCACUCGCUUCUGCUUCUGUAUACUUACUUAAAUGCAAUUACAUCAGUUCUCUGCAUAGCCUAGGCAGUUAAUAUUUAAUCAUGGCGAUCAGAUUUCUCUCGUCCGCCAUCCUGACCGCGCAAAUCGCAUAUGCCGCCGAUGCCAGCGUUGCGGAUCAACUGGGCGCGCGGCCCCUGAAACUGACCGCUGGUCAAGAAAUCGACCUCACGAUCAAUAAUGCCACUGAAGUCGGCAGCGGAUACGUCGGCGAAUACGAAACGACUCACAUCAAGAUCGUCAUGUAUAACAUGCUUCAUAUGUCCUGGAUGUGCAGCCUAACGGACUUCCUCCCGGCCAAGGAUGGUAUAGUCAAGAUCACCAUCCCCCCCGAGAUGGGGCCCUCGGGUACAUACUACGAGAUCAGCGCGUGGGGGUACUCACUAGAUUCUGCGUCUUCCUUGGCACCCAAGCACAUCAUCACGGGCCACAGCACGCAGAUGCUUUUCCUUUCCGGGGGCGAGGGCCACUGGAUUCCGGCUGAGACCGCAAGGGAGCUCCGGUACUACGGCCUGCCGGGCUGGGAGAACGCUGACAUUCCGUGCCGCAGCUACCCCUGCGCACAGGCCUGCGCGGUGAAGCAGUUUCCCGACGAUAGCGCCUGGGUCGACGGCUCGGUGUGGAUGGACUGCCUGACGGCCUGCGACGGUGUGGUGGUGUACCAACCCGGCCUCUACGGGUAUUCUGCUCCCCACGCGACGAGCUCGGUGAGUUUGCCGCAGACCCUGCCGACACCGACCGGGAGCUGCGAGGCGAAGGAUUUCCGUACCCCAUGUGGCACCGAGUGCUGCCGGGAAUCUGAGUAUUGUUACGGCUACACGACGUGUGUCAACUUGCCUAUUGACUUUGCGGCUAUUCAGAGUUCGAGGAGUAGUCAGAGUACCGCUACAGCCACCCGAACAGGAGAAGGUAGUUCCCAGAAGACCGGUACGGGUGGUGUAGGAGAAGCUACUACAGGGACAGGGGCUGGUGCAUCGGAAACUAGUGCACAUAGUUCGAGUGCAGGUACGAGCACGCCUACAAGCACAGGAACAAGCGGCAUCGAUCGGAUAAGGGUGAGCUCCACCGCCAUCGCCAUGGGCCUAAUAGGCUGUCUAGGAGUUGCAUGGUUGGGUCUCAUAUGAACGACUUGAGUUUUCCCCUAUCUAGUUCAAAGGUAAAGCUUAAUUUAUAAUUAUAAUAUGAUCAAGGCGGUAGCGAAC